AUGUACAAGUUCCUGAUCCUCCUUGCCUCACUGGGCAGCCUAGCCAUGGCGGAGCCAAUCCAGCACUUUGACUGCGGCACGACGCAGGGGCACGCCAAGGCGGACCUCAUGGAAGCGAUCAAGAGCCUCCACGCCAACAGCAACCACAACAACACGGGCGGGUCGGCGGCGGCGCGGGCGGGGCUGGUGGCACGGCAGAACAGCCCGAUUGUCAUCGACGCAUACUUCCACGUCGUAGCGACGACGGCCAAGGCGGGGCAAUACACCGACUACAAAGCGAUGGGCGAGAAGCAGGCGGCGGUGCUCAACAAGGCGUACAACCCGCAGGGCAUCUCGUUCACGCUCAAGGAGACGACGCUGACGACGAACGACGCGUGGGCGGUGGGCGAGGGCGGCGACAUGGACGCCAUGAAGGCGGCGCUGCGCAAGGGCGACUACAGCACGCUGAACAUCUACUUCCAGAGCGACCUGGCGGGCAACAUUCUGGGUGUGUGCACGAUGCCCAGCACGGUGGCGCCGGGGGUGCAGCCAGCGCAGUACAGCUCGGAUGGGUGCAGCGUCCAGGCCGGCACCAUGCCCGGCGGCGUCACGGCCGGCUAUAACCAGGGCAUGACGGCCGUGCAUGAAACGGGCCAUUGGCUCGGCUUGUUCCAUACCUUUGAGGGCAAGAGCUGCUCGGGCGACGGCGACCUCAUUGCUGACACGAGGGUCGAGGCGAGCAGCACGAAUGGCUGCCCGGUUGGCAAGAACUCGUGCCCGGAUGUCGCCGGCGUGGAUCCCAUCCAUAACUACAUGGAUUAUAGCAUCGAUGAGUGCUAUGAGGCUUUUACGCCCGGCCAGCAGGUCAGGAUGCAUGAGCUUUGGGCCCAGUUUAGGGCGGGGAAGUAA